GCGGGUGCCUUACCUCCCUUGGGCUGGGCCAGCUGGCGGCCUAGCCGGUGGUCGCCUUGCGCCGUCGCUGCCCCUUGCCAGCUACGCCUCGGCCGGCGCAGGGGGCAGCACCACGCAUGCACGGCGCUCCCGGGCAGGGAAAGUCCUUGACUUAUGACCGGUUGGGUAGUCUUCAACUUACAACCGGUUGGGGUUGCGGCAUUAAAAAGGUUGAGAACCAUUGCUUUAUAGAAUGACUAGGAUAAAAAGGAAAUGAGGGGCAGGAAGAAAUAUGCACAGAUGCUGUCAUUAAAUUAGGAGAUGAAAUUGGCUAAAGAAUUUGACAGUGAAGACCCUUGGACAAUGGGAUAACGAGGAGGGGUAAAUAAAAUGAUUGGGCUGAAAGAUGAGAACUUAUCUUAAAAUGUUGAUUAUUCAUUUAUCAUAGAUAAUCCUCAAUUAAGGCCAGUUGCUUAGUGAUUGUUCAACGUUACAGCAGACCCACCCCAAAGUAGUUAUGGCCUAGAUCUGAGAUUUCAAAGUCAACCACCCCCUCCUGUGAUCAUAUGACUUUAUUUUGGGCACUCAGCAACUGAUCUACAUUCAUGGCAAUUUGUAGCACCCUACAAUCACAUGACCAUGAUUUACAUUGUUGUCAAAAACUGAGAAAUAUACUUCCAGUUUUCAGUAAAAUUGCCCCAUGGCAAACAAUGAGUUUAUUUCAUGACUAUGGGGGUCAUUUAAUGAUCACAGUGUCUGCUUAGUGAACACCACAAAAAAAGGUUGCAAAAUCGGGUCCAGUCAUGUAGUGAUCCUUCUUUACGACUGUCAUGACUUACUACUGCAGUGGGCAGGGUCCAUUAUGGUUGUAAGUCAAGGACUACUUGUGUUUGUUAAUUCAACUUGUAUAACCACACAACUCUCUGAAUUACUUACAAGAUAAUUUAGUUAUGCCUUCCACAAUGCUUGACCGGUGCACCCUUUCAGAGCUAAAACUUAUGGGUCUGCUCAUGUCCAAGAAACACAAUUAGUGCUCAGAAGAUAGUGAUAACAACCACUUAUUUUAUCUAUUUAUUAGGCAUAUAUCCCUUCCCCCCUCCCCAGAGACUCAAGGUGAUGACUUAACAUGGAAAUCUCCUUUUCAUGCUAGCCCCAUAAUAACUGCCCUUUGGGGUGGCUUGUGACUGGUCCCCAAGAUCGAAUAUUUGUAAUUAGGGAUGGUCGUGAACCUUGGUCUCCCCAAACCAUAUACCACACAGCUGGAACAGCUGGCAUCUGGAGGGACGUAGUGAAGAUAGACCAGGCUGAAAAGCUGGCAGUCAGCGGCCUCGGGACCUGGUGGCAUCUGGAGCAGGAGGUGGAAUCGCGGGUGCCUCCUCCAAGCCACCGUGGCUCCGCGGAAGGCUUGCAAGAGCAGCCGUAACUUCCUGUUCAGCGUUGCCUCUUAGGACCUGGAGGGAACCGAAAUAACAGCACCGCGGAGGCUGCGAGGGGAAGGAGCACAAGAGCCACCAUAACUGGGUCUGAAGUCGGGCUGUUCGCACAAAUCCAGGCUCCUUUCCUUUCUCUCGGAUCUUGGCAGCCUCCGCUUCUCCCAGGACCGGCAGAAGAUCCUCGUCGGUCCCCUGCUCUAGCUGGAGGCUUCCUUUGUGGUCCGACAGUCUCUCGGCUUGGCAAGGAUUUCCUAUCUUAAAGUCUAAAUUAAGAUCUAGGAUGGAGAAGGAGGAAGAAACACAAAAUCCAGAUUCCCAAAGCACAGGAGAAGGGACAGGGAGAAGUGAGACCAGCUCAGAAGUUACUGUUGCUGGUGACAAAGUGGCCUCUGCGGCCGUCACUGUGGCCACAGCUGCUGUAGCUGCCGUUAAGACUGUUGUCGGAAUCCAAUCACAACUUUUCAGCCACUUGGCCACCCGCCGGACGUUUCUGCCCCGCCAUCGUCGUGACCUACUGGAGCUUGAGCAGAUGGUGGAAAACGCGGCUGCCGUGCGCCUCCGAGCAGUGGUGGAGUCCAGCAUUGACUCUUUGCGUGCCAUGAUGUGUUCGUGCCUCUUCCAGUCCCCGGCGGUCCUUGCUGGGCUGAUAGACGAACUCUACAUCAUGGAGCGGGCCUUCUGGGUGCAGCCAGGCCGCUCUGAGUGGUGGGAAAAGGUGGUGCUGCCCCAUUGGGAUGACCAUCUUUGGCAGGAGAACUUCCGGAUGAGUCGGCAGACUUUCAUGGAGCUGUGUGACAGAUUGAGGCCAGUUCUUGAGCGUCAGACAACUAACAUGCGGGCUCCCAUUACUGUUGAGAAGCAGCUGGCCAUAGCUAUAUGGAAGCUGGCCACCCCAGACAGCUACCGCUCAGUAGCGGAGUGUUUUGGCGUUGGGCGCUCCACUGUCUCCAGGAUAGUCAUGGAAUUUUGCCAAGCUCUUUAUGAUGUGUAUCACCAUGUGGUCCUACUGACCAGGCCCCGGGAGGUCAUGAAAGGCUUUUCGGCCAAAGGUUUCCCUCAUUGCAUUGGGGUGAUCGAUGCCACCCAUAUCCCUAUCAUUGCUCCUGCUCACCGAGCCAUGGAAUACAUCAACAGCCGAGGGUAUUAUUCGAUGGUUCUGCAGGCCCUGGUGGAUCAUGAAGGCAAAUUCAUCGAUGUGUAUGCUGGGCGAUCCGGGAAAGUUCACGACGCCAAGAUCUUUCGCAGCUCCCCCAUCUUCCGGGCCAUGAAUCAAGGCACUUUUGGUCCUAGCACUACGAUGGACCUAGAUGGGGAGCAAGUAAAGCCGGUCAUCCUAGGAGACCUUGCUUACCCUCUUCUGCCGUGGCUAAUGACUCCUUACAGCGGCCAGUUGGACUCCCGGAAACAGCUCUUCAACAGCACGCUUGGCCACUGCCGGACAGUGGCGGACUAUGCCUUUGAGCGGCUCAGGGGCCGAUGGCGGUGCCUCCUCUCCCGCCUGGAUGUGCGAGAACGCUACGCCCCGCGGGUCAUUGUAGCCUGCUGCAUCUUGCACAACAUUUGUGAGAGCAAAGGGGAGCCUCUGCAGGAAGGGUGGGAAGAGGUGGUGAGAUCUGUGUCGAGAUCUUACCAGCAGCCAGAAAGACAGCUGAUGUAUAUGUCCAACCCGCCUGCCCGUGAGAUCAGGGACCUUUUUAGCACAUACUUGGAAAGGAGAGAACAGAAAAAGUAGGAUGGAAUUCAUGCUUUUUCUCCUCCCCUACCCCGCAAAAAAAACCCACCUUGAAAAAGAAGUUGGGGACAAGAUAAAAGGCUCUUGUCUGCUUCUUUUCUGAGUACAGAGAGUCCUUGACACACAAUCGUUCAUUUAAUAACCAUUCAAAGUUAUAAUAGCGCUGAAAAAAAGUGACUUGCGACUGGUCCUUGCACUUACGCAGCAUCCCCACGGGAUCAAAAUAUGGGUACUUGGCAACUGUUACGUAUGUACAGAGCAGUUGCAGGGUCCCGGGGUCAUGUGACCUCCAUUUGCGACCUUCCCAGCCGGCUUCUGGCAAGGAAAGUCAAUGGGAGAAGCCGGAUUUGUAACAACCCUAUGAAACAAUUCCAGCGAUUCUCUUAAUAACUGUGGCAGAACGGUUAAAUUUGGGGAUGACUCCUUUAACAACUGCUUGGCUUAGCAAUGGAAAUUCUAGCCCCACUUGUGACUGUAAGUCAAGGAGUAUGUCUGUAAGGUGUUACUACUGGGGUUAAAAUGCAACUGACCAUUUCUGAUAGAGGGUAGCCAGUUUAUCCUGCUCCGCCUUGGCGGAAGCAGGUGGCCAAGGCUGUUUUCUGCCUCUGGGUUUCCUGUUACCUUCCUGCGGGUGGUGCUUCUGCCUAGAGAGCAGCAACCUUAACGCUGCACCUUUCUUGUCUAAGGUGGCUGCCUUUACAGGCAUCAACUACCCAGGUUAGCACAAUGAGCCCUAAGACACAGUUUAUUCAUUAGUUGUGAUUCAAAGAAUAAAUGACACACUUGGCCAGAUUAGUACAAUGCACCCAAACCAAAGAAACCAUGUUCUGACCCUAUGCAACGUGCAAUCCCAACGUUUUCACCACAGUUGGUUUCAGAUUUGAAGGUGGAGAGCUCUGGAAAGAGCUUUUGAAGAAUACUGUCUUCCAUUGGUAGAUUUCACUAGCAGCAGCCCUCUGAUUGGUGCUGGAAGUUGCCUUUUGAUUUCCCACAGUGCCCCUACAGCAGCGGUUCUCAACCUGUGGGUCGCGACCCCAUUUGGGGUAGAACGACCAUUUCAUGGGGGUCGCCAAACAACGCAGUCCGCCAUAUUUUUUCCCCUUUUCCUUAGCUGUGCUACUCCC